AUGGACGCCCCCGAGCAAUCGCAACAACAACAAACCCCCCAAAAGCCACAAUUCCAAAAUGGCGUCCGAACGAACGGCCGCGCGUUCAACUCGCCCAACUGGCGCAUGAAGCGUGAAGAGAGCCCCUCCGGUGCUGGCUCCCGAACUCCCAGCCAGGACCAGACCGAAUCACCCAGGCGAACCCCCGGAUUCGGACGCCAGAGAGAAGUGCCCGCUGCUAUCUCCGAGGGACGCAGACUAUAUGUUGGAAACAUGCCCUACACGGCAAAGAUGGAGGAUGUUUCGGCAUUGUUCACGAAGGGUGGGUUUGAAGUCUCCCGCAUCGACAUCUCCGUCGACCCCUUCUCCGGCCGCAACCCCUCCUACUGCUUCGUGGACCUGAACACAAAGGAGCUCGCCGAGCGCGCGAUGGCCGAACUCGACGGAAGCGAUUUGCUCGGACGGCCCGUGAAGAUCAAGCCUGGUGUCGUGAAGAGCGCAAGUGAGCGCCAGCAGCAGCAGCAACAACGGACUGGACUGGGUAUGGGAAUGGGCGGCCUCGGUGCAAGCGACGGAUCAAGCUCCGGGUCACCGCGCGCAAACAGAACGGGCUCAUCGCCAUUCAACGCGGACCGAUGGAGGAGGGACGAGAACUCCAGCUCGACCACCACGACGCCCACGAAACCAAGCGCGUUGAACUUUGGCACGAACUCCAACAGCACCAACAGCAACUCAGACCCCAGCAAACGUCUCUAUGUCGGCAAUCUGCCCCGACUCACAGACCAGGACGCCCUCGCUAUCAACAUCAAGGGAUUCUUCAAGGACUUCACUGUCACAAACGUCUCCAAGCUCUUCACCCCACACCCAGCCAAGCGCUUCGAGCCCGGCGACCACUACUACCUCUUCGUGGACUUCGAGACGGUCGAGGAGACGCAGAACGCCAUGGCUGCGCUAAACGGCGCCGAGGGCCCCUGGGGCAACCCUAUCCGCGUGCAGCGGGCUCGCGGCGAGACAUGGAAGAGCGGCGAGAACGGGUCCGAGGAGAGGAGACCCGGGGCUCGGUGGGGACCUUCCACCCGGAGGCAGGAUGCUCCUGCCCCUGCCCCUGCUGCGGCGGGCGAGACGGCUGUUGAGGCAUAA